GACACUCAAGUCCGAGCCCACGCUUGCCUUGUACUGCCCAAUUGAAGGUGGAGACUAUGUAGUGGACGCAACAGUAUGGGAGCUUGCGCGAAGGACUGGAUCGGAAGUCAUAGUGCUGGACGCCGUGCAGCUUGCAGCAGGAGAGCAUGGUCACUUCGGCAAAGCUCCCCCGCAAUCCCUUGCACCAGACCGCGCCCCAGGUCGUUCGUAACGAUGAGCAAGAGGAAGACGCGGACGAGGACGACGUGGAGCCCAUGAUUCAGCAGGCUACCCCGAAUACCCCAGUUUCCUUCAUGGUCAUGCCCCGCAUGGCAAGCUCGCGCGUCCACAAGCGCGCCGCCGCCCUCACUUCCCCCAGUCACCCCGCCGUUCGCAUCCGCACGUUCUUUGACACCCUCGUCAACGCGCCCUUCCGCAACACUGCAGAGGCCGCUGCUGCCGCUUCAAAGACCGAGAAGGUCCGGCCUCGACUAAUUUACGUGCGCGACUUUCCCACUCUGGCCGCGACGUCAUCGACAUGGUAUGCACCGUUGCUGAACGCCGUUCGCGACCGACGGCGGUGGGGUUUCAUCAAGUCCCAACUGCCCGUGCAGGCGCCAAUCACGAUUGUCUUUGGAAUCAGUCCACCAUUGACGCCGUCAAGUGUGUCUGUAUCGACACCCGGACCGAGCAACUUCGCUGCCUUGCUGAGUCGUACUAACGCACGUCCUUCCUCUUCUCGGGAGAAGACCCCCUCAUUCGGGGAGGACGAGCAAGCGGAGAAGGCGCGCGAGAAACGCCUGCGUCGCCGACUACAGCUCUGGGAGCGCAACGACGCCGCUUUCCACCACGACAUCCCCAAGCUGUCUGCCAACAUCGAAGGCGAUGAGGUGCCCCAGCAGAAGGUCGAAGUCGUAAUGCUCGGCCCGGAGCAGACCUUUGGCCAGAACCCGGGUAUCUCGUCGAUUCUCAGCGGCUUGAUGUCCAAUGGCGGGAUGGGAGGCGCUCCUGGGGUUCCGCCCCUCGCCCGCAUGACGGGGCAGGACACGGUCCCCUUUUAUCGGACUUCGACUGUCGUGCCGAGCGUGCGGUCGACCGUGGACGAACGCAAAUGUCGCAUUGCGCGUCGGCAGGAGAUCAACGAGCUGACGAUGCGCAUGGGCGUGGGCGCGAGCCAUGGUGUGCUGGACAAGCUGCCACAACCAAAGGCUGCCGUCGAUGCUUCUGUAGCCGCCGAGGCCGCGCCCGCUGCGGAGGCCGUUGCCGGGCAACCCGCUGAGGGCGAAACUUCAGCAGUAGAAACAGCAGGACCAGAAGCACCCGUCGAAGUCAUAGACGCUGCGCUAGAGCCUCCUGCAGGCAAUGCUUUACCAGAGCCUGCACAAGCACCGCCACCACAAGAGGAUGCUCAGCCAGUCACCCCGGCUGACUUCCCACAAGAGGUCUUCGACAAGAUGCGCGCCGAGUGGGGCAACAAGCUCGAGCUGUGGUCAGAGGUGCGGCACGUCGCGGAUCGCGCGGUGGGCAGCGUGCUCGCCGCGACGCCGGGCGUGCCCCGCCGGCGGUCUACGCUGGAGCCGACGCCCGUGCCGUGGAGCGCGGUGGUGAAUGCCUGGCAGGCGGCGCGGAAUACGCAGACGCUGCGCAAGGCGUGGGCGAAGGCGUGCUCGAGUACGAAGGCGGCGCGCGAGCAGGAUGAGGAAGAUGAUGAAGCGGAGGAUGCGGAGGAGAAUGGGGACGAGAUCAUUGAGCGAGUCAAGUCGGAUCCGGACUUGGACCCGCACGAGCAGCGGCUGUUGCCUACAAUUGUCUCGUCUGCGUCGAUGCCCACAUCAUUUGACCAAGUGCAUCUGCCGACGCAUACGAUCGACUCUGUACGGACAAUCGUGUCACUACCUUUGCUUCACCCUACUGCCUUCCAAAGUGGUAUUCUCAAAGAGCACGGCAUGACUGGUUGCCUGCUCUUUGGUCCGCCAGGUACUGGAAAGACGCUCGUCGUUCGCGCCCUUGCGAAGGAGGCUGGCGUGCGAAUGAUGACCAUCUCACCUUCCGAUGUCAUGGACAUGUAUGUCGGUGAAGGCGAGAAGCUCGUCCGUGCCGUCUUCUCCCUUGCGCGCCGCCUUGCGCCCUGCGUCGUCUUCCUUGACGAGAUCGACGCCUUAUUUGGCGCGCGCAUGUCCGCCCGCGAGAGCGGGGGCGCCUUCGCCCACCGCGGCGUCAUCACCGAAUUCAUGCAGGAAAUGGACGGCUUGACCUCGUCGAACGAGGACAGCGUCAUCGUCAUUGGCGCGACGAACAGGCCUUUCGACCUCGAUGAUGCGGUCUUGCGCCGCUUGCCGCGGCGUCUCUUGGUCGACCUUCCUGGGGAGAAGGAGCGCGCGGAGAUCUUGAAGAUCCUACUGCGUGAUGAGACGCUCGGGGAGGACGUUGACGUGAAGGCGCUGGCGAAGCGUACCGAGAGCUUCUCUGGAUCUGACUUGAAGCAUCUCUGCGUGUCUGCUGCUUUGGAUGCGGUGAAGGAGUUGGUGACCGUCCCGUGGGCAAGCACGACGAAGCCAGCAGCCCCGCCGACAUCGGACGCCGAAGCCGCGUCGCAGUCUGAGCCGUCGGAAUCAGCGGAGUCUGCACCUGUGGCUGAGGUUGAGGCGCAGGCCGAAAACACCUGGCAAGGUGUUGAGGCUACUCAGGAACCGGCUGCCACUACGGACGUCGCCCCGGCGGCUGAAGCGACGCAGUCAGCCACCUCGGAGACCACCACGCCCAAGCCACCCACCGCAGAGGCCAAAUCUGACACCCCCGCCCCGGAAACCAAGCCCACCACCCCUCCGCGCGUCCUCAACCUCCGCCACUUCGAGAAGGCGAUGAAGGAGAUCACGCCCUCAUCCUCCGAGGCGCUCGGCAGCCUCGCCGAGCUGCGCAAGUGGAACGACGAGUUUGGCGAGGGCCGGAAGGACAAGCGGCGCAAGCAGGUGUGGGGGAAGGGCUCCUUUGGUUUCACGAACGUCGUGAGGGAUGGGGAGGCGGGGCGCGUAGCGACGCCGGAGGUGACGCCCGAGCCAGCCUCACAGUCGCGGCCGGAGGCGAGGAGGCGAUGAGACGAUCCACCACCUGCCCUCUGACAUCUACCACCUAACUACAUGUGCAUGGAACCCGUUAUAGACUACACAAUCGCUGUCCGCGCCUAGUAACACUGUACAUAUCCUAUACGACCACUGACGACAAAAUAUCGACCA